AUCCGCCCCUGCAAUGCGCUAUAAAUUUACUUCGAACUCACGGUGAAAAAGUAAUUAGCAUCACCUCCCUCCUUGCUUAUCAACACGUACGUUGCGUUUCUUGGCAAUGCGUGCUGCACCGACGACGAUGUGGCGUUCGCCGGCGGCGCCGGUGUGUCUCCUCGUCGCCGCCGUUCUCCUGUCGGCGGUGGCGGCGGCGACGGCGGGGGAGGAGUACGUGAAGUACAAGGACCCAAAGAAGCCGAUCGGCGAGCGCGUCGACGACCUCCUCAGCCGGAUGACGCUCGCGGAGAAGAUCGGCCAGAUGUCGCAGAUCGAGCGCGCCAACGCGACCUCCGCCGUUAUCGAGAAGUACUUCGUCGGGAGCGUGCUGAGCGGCGGCGGGAGCGUGCCGUCGGAGAAGGCGACGGCGAAGGAGUGGCAGCAGAUGGUGGCCAAGAUGCAGAAGGCGGCGCUCAAGACGCGCCUCGGCAUCCCGAUCAUCUACGGCAUCGACGCCGUGCACGGCCACAACAACGUCCACAACGCCACCAUCUUCCCCCACAACGUCGGCCUCGGCGCCACCCGCGACCCCAAGCUCGUCAAGCGGAUCGGCCAGUCCACCGCCCACGAGGCCCGCGCCACCGGCAUCCCCUACACCUUCGCCCCAUGCGUCGCCGUUUGCCGCGACCCGAGAUGGGGACGGUGCUACGAGAGCUACAGCGAGGACACGAAGCUGGUGCAGCUGAUGACGUCGGCAAUGGUGCCCGGGCUGCAGGGCGACGCGCCGGCGAGGUACCCCAAGGGGACGCCGUUCGUGGCGGGGGGGAUGAACGUGGCCGGCUGCGCCAAGCACUUCGUCGGCGACGGCGGGACGCGGGACGGCAUCAACGAGAACAACACGGUGCUCAGCUUCCACGACCUGAUGCGCAUCCACAUGCCGCCCUACGACGACGCCGUCAUCAAGGGCGUCGCCUCCGUCAUGAUCUCCUACUCCAGCUGGAACGGCGUCAAGAUGCAUGAGAACCGCUUCCUCAUCACCGACAUCCUCAAGAACAAGUUGAAAUUCAGGGGAUUUGUGAUCACGGACUGGCAAGCGGUGGACAGGAUCACGACGCCGCCGCACAAGCACUACUACCACUCGAUCCAGGAGACGAUCCACGCGGGCAUUGACAUGGUGAUGAUCCCGUACGACUACCCGGAGUUCGUCGCCGACCUGACGACGCAGGUGUCGAACGGGUCGAUCAAGCUGGACAGGAUCAACGACGCCGUGAGCCGCAUCCUCCGCGUCAAGUUCGCCAUGGGCCUCUUCGAGAACCCGCUCCCGGACCCGCGCCUCGCCGGCGAGCUCGGCGACAAGGAGCACCGGCAGAUCGCGCGCGAGGCCGUGCGCAGGUCGCUCGUCCUGCUCAAGAACGGCAAGCACGGGGAGAAGCCCGUGCUGCCGCUGUCCAAGAAGGCCGACAAGAUCCUCGUCGCCGGCAGCCACGCCCACAACCUCGGCUUCCAGUGCGGCGGCUGGACCGUGUCCUGGCAAGGCCAGGGCGGCAACAACGUCACCGCCGGGACGACGAUCCUGGAGGCGAUCAAGGCGGCGGUGGACGAGAGCACGGUGAUCGACUACACGGAGCACCCGGACAAGAGCUCGAUCGCCGAGAGCGCCAAGGAGUACGACUACGCGGUGGUGGUGGUGGGGGAGGAGCCGUACGCGGAGACGGAGGGGGACAACCUGAACCUGACCAUCCCGUCGCCGGGGCCGAAGGUGAUCAAGGACGUGUGCGGGCUCGUCAAGUGCGUGGUGGUGCUCGUCUCCGGGCGUCCGCUCGUGGUGGAGCCGUACAUCGGCGCCAUGGACGCGUUCGUCGCCGCCUGGCUCCCCGGCACGGAGGGCCACGGCGUCGCCGACGUGCUGUUCGGGGAUCACGGCUUCACCGGCAAGCUGCCACGUACUUGGUUCAAAUCGGUGGACCAGCUGCCGAUGAAUUUCGGCGACAAGCAUUACAACCCGCUGUUCCCAUUUGGGUUCGGACUAACCACCAAGCCAAGCCAUAGCCAAAGUUAGAGGUCAAAACAUUUUAUCUCAAUGUGUAGCCAGAGCCGGAGUUAGGGGUUAAACAUUGCAUCUGAUGGACUAUUAUAUUGUUCGGUUAAAAGUAAAAUGAGUGUGAGGGUAUGGUAUUUUAAAAAUAAAUAUUAGUAGGAUUUUAUUGGUGAGUGA